CAACAAUCAAAAGCAGAAGGCCUCGCCCCACACUUUGGUAUCUGUAUAGACCCACAACCUUAGUCAAUAUCUUUGGGGUACGUCAGAGCUGGACCAUUUUCGGUCGCUUACAAGACCACACAUCAAAGGACGUCAAGAUCCACUCCACUUCGACCUUUCUCCACCUCUGACAUUCUGUAGCCAGGACAGAACGCGUCAGAGAUAGCGCAUCUUGAACAGAUAUACAACCUCCCAUCCUCCCCAGGCCUAGGUCAAUCUUUGUAAAAAAAAAGAGAGAAAGAAAGAAAAUGCCAAUCGAUGCCGCUUUCGCCGGGCUCUUCGCCACAGGCUUAACCAAAGCUCUGGAUACGCAAAUUGGAGAAAAACUCUGCCAUCAUCUCGGCAAUGCCACCAUCAAGGACGAAGAGGCUUACAGGAAACAAAAAAAGUCCAGGGAAGAAAAACGACAUUCUUCCAGUUCGUACGCGUCCGAAUCCUCUCGACAUUCUUCCGACCACGAUCGAAGAAGAUCACUAGAUGAUGCUGCUCCUCGACGUCGUCCCGCUCCUGCCGAGUUGAAGAGACACUCGUCUUCGUACUACAAUCCCGAGCAACGUGGUUCGCGCAGGACGGGCUCGAGGAGGAAGCACCGUCGGCCGAGAAGAAUCUCGGAUGCGGAGUUGGACGACAUGGCGGAAGAGGAGCUGCUCAGGGAAGAGAGCCGUGCUGCACAUGAAGAGAAGAUGGAGAGCUUUCGAGAGGCGAAGAAGAGUUACGAGCCUUGAGUUUCAUCAUGAUGAGUAGCGAGCUGGGCUGCUGGGAUGAGAUGGGCGCAAAUGAUGAUGAUGAUGAGAUCGUCAAUCGGAAGAACGAAUGAUGACGAAUGGUUGGAAACGUGGAAUGAUUGAUGUGCUUGGGGUGGAAUGAAAUGGUUGUCUCAAGCCGGGCGAAAAUAGGACCAUCUACAACAGUACUUAUGACAGAAGGAGCCCCACAUGUAUCAGAUAUCAGGAAUCAGGAAUCAAGUAUCAGAGUCGAUGUUAAAGAAUAAAGUAAAGAAAAAAAAAGAGAGAGUCAAUCAAUACUCACAACAGAAAAGCAAAGAAUUACACCCCAAACGGUAAUUUGUCCAGCAUCCAGGGGGGAGGAGAGAGGAGAGCCUGAGCUCCCCAUGGCUUUACAGGUAUCUACCCUACUUACCACGUUGUACGGAGUGUAUACAUUACUAC